ACGGCCUAGGACGCGUACGCAAGCUGCGGGUAGUCGCUAAAACGUCGGAAUGCGGAUCCUAGCAACUGUGACUGUUCUUUGUGGACUUUUAACGUGUGGUCUUUCAAUAAUGUGCUACGAAUGCAACAGCGCCACCAACUCCCUCUGUUCACACAAGUUCCUCCCCGAUAACCUUAAGAGGAACUGUUCUGACCACGACAGAGGAGUUACUCAUACCCUAUGCAGGAAAAUUGUCCAGGAUGUAGAUUAUGGCGUGGAUGGACAUAGUCCUCAGAGUCGAGUGAUCAGGAGUUGUGGGUGGGAUGAAUCGAAAUACAAGGGGGUCUGCUACCAACGCUCAGGCUUCGGUGGACGGCAGGAGGUCUGCUCGUGUACCACCGACUUUUGCAACAGCUCCAACAAGACCUUCAUCUCCUCAACAUUACUCAUUUCGAUAGUCCUCCUGUUCAUCAAAAACAACAUUACCACUGCAGUCAGAGAAGAACCAAAGUGAUGAUCGUUGUAACUGUGACUUUCAAGGAACACUCUAUUAACAUGAUAUCGCGUUGACACCAUUGGACGUCACUUCAAUAGUAAUUUUUCGUCCUCCGGGACAGGCUAAGGCGUCUAGACAAACUGCCGAAACUUAGAUUUCAACUUUUCAUUUUAUUAAGGAGAAGCCAAAUCUUCAGUACGAAAUUUAAAUUUAAGGCAAAUUGCCAGAUAUUGAGUUAAAUUUGGACGGAAAAAGGUCUUUUUUUAGUACUAAUGGCUUUGCCUCCGCGUUUAGCCAAUGAAAGUGUUGGGAAAGCAGAAUUAUAGAUUAUGGAAGAGGUACAGAAUUUGGAUAAAAAAGGAUAUGGUAAGUUGGGUAGGUAACUGUUAUAAAUAUACAUAUUAAAGCUUGAUAUUAUUAUUUUCGAUAAAUGAGGCCAGUACAUUAUAAACAGCUUUGUUGCAUAAAUAUAGUAAACUUGUUAUAGAGGUGGGGAGUGAGACACUGAUUGCCAGGAGUUCGGAUAUGAAAAUGUCGUGGUCAAUUGAGGGGCAGGAGAAGAAGCUAUGAUUUAGAUUCCCAUAGGCUCAUACACGAUGAAAUUUCAAUUGAUCGAGAAAAUCAACAGAUUUAUUUAGAUACGGAUUUACAUUACGCUUACAUUUAAAACAGUCGUGUUCCUAAAAUGGCCUCAAUAUACUUUAGUAAUUAUGCGACCUAUAAAUCCUAUCAACUUAAAUCAUUCUCUGAGCCUCUUGCUAUGCGUCAUUUAAAGAAAGAAUUGAUUUGACUUGAUGGAUUGAACUUGAGAAGGAAGUUGUUUUUUUUCUCUAAAGUAUAUUGACAAGCUCCUUAAUUACUGUCUACUGUCUAUCUAGAACAAUUUUGCUUCUCGGAAUUCUAAGGUAAGAUAAAACAUACCUAAUAAUAAUUUGCCAGACAACCAUACCAAUUGCCAGGUCUCAAACUCGGGAAUUCCCUGCACUAUGAGUACCAGAGCAACGGAAUUCACUCUGGGGCAAUUCCCAAAACACCCAGACUAGAACAAAUUUAGAAGUUCAUUGCCAAAUUGGUACUACCGGGACCCAUCCAACCUGCCACCGAGGACUUAAACAAUUUUAUAUGUAUCUACAAUGACAUAACUUGGCCAAAUUGCGACUCAAGAGUAUUCUGCUUCUUGUCGUAUCGACGACACACAUUAUAUUAUUGUUGCCCAGAACACAGUCAAGCCGACCGCGUCACUAGCAGUCGCCAUUAAACCUACAAGCGUGCAGGUGUUAGGUCAUGCAAAGUACGAUGUGAGAUGGACCAUCGUCUGAACCGCACCGCACAAACAAUCCAGGUCAGAACCAUCCACCUGAACAAAUUGUUUCUACUCCGGCCAGCUUGAGUUCGAAGCCUGUUUAAAGUCUUCUAGAGCAGGCAUGGCAAUUUAUGUCCAGGAGGAAGACUCUCAGAAGGAGGGACAAAGGUGGUACCUAGAGUAUGAGAAAUUGCUACUCAUUCUCCACUGCAUCACACUGAGUACAAUGAGAUGAUUGGACUAUUAUCAUUAAUUAGUCACAGAAGCAGUAGAGCUUCUUAUAAAAGUAAAAGAGUUAAUUAAGAAAAUUACUGCCACUCCACCUAUUUGUGCCGCCAAGCAUUACUGUUACGGCUUUGAACGGUAAGGGUGCUGGUAAAAUUACAUGCACAUGGGACUUGUCAACCCAUGCACAUUUUACUUGAAAGAAUUUCAUUUUUAAUCGUAUCUUUGCUACAAUAAAA